AUGGAAUCUCUUAUACCAGUCGUAAACAAAUUACAAGAUGUUUUUGCAACCCUUGGACGGCGUGAGGAUCAGAUUCAAUUACCCCAAAUUGUUGUUAUUGGUUCACAGAGUGCGGGAAAAAGUUCAGUACUAGAAAAUCUUGUUGGAAGGGAUUUUUUACCUCGUGGAACAGGAAUCGUUACAAGAAGACCCCUCAUACUUCAUCUUUCACAUGUACCCGCUGAUGACGAAUGUAGACGGAGGAAGUCUGACGGGUCAAUGAUCACAGAUGACUGGGCCAUGUUUGAGCAUACUGGUAAUAAAAUCUUUACCGAUUUUUCUUUGGUUAGGAAAGAAAUAGAAAAUGAAACUGAUAGAGUGACUGGUACAAAUAAGGGUAUUUCUCCUAUUCCUAUUAUUUUGCGGAUUUACUCGAAAAAUGUUGUCAAUCUAUCACUAGUCGAUUUACCUGGAAUCACAAAGAUACCCGUCGGGGAUCAACCGCCAAAUAUCGAGGAACAAAUCCGUGAAAUGCUGAUCACUUACAUUUCCAACCCUUCAUCAAUUAUACUGGCAGUAACUCCUGCAAAUCAGGAUUUUGCUACUUCUGAGCCCAUCAAAAUGGCUCGAGAAGUUGAUCCUGAAGGACAACGAACACUAGCAGUUUUAACUAAGUUGGAUUUAAUGGAUCAGGGUACAGACGCCAUGGAUGUUUUGAUGGGGAAAAUUGUGCCAGUGAAGCUUGGUAUCAUAGGGGUCGUCAAUCGUUCUCAGCAAGCAAUUAUUGACAAUAAACCGAUCAGCGAUGCUAUAAAGGACGAGCUUACGUUUCUCCACCGCAAGUAUCCAACCCUCGCUAGUAGGAAUGGGACUCCAUACCUUGCGAAAAAGCUUAACCUUCUUCUCAUGCACCACAUUCGUAAUUGUUUGCCAGCAUUGAAAGCUCGAGUAUCAAUCAUGCACGCACAAUGCCAAGCUGAUUUACAAGCGUUCGGAGAGCCAGUAGAUGACAAGAGCCGGACCUUGCUUCAAAUAAUUACACGAUUCGCUACGGCCUAUACUUCCACAAUUGAGGGAACGUCGCGCAAUAUUGAAACCACGGAAUUAUGUGGAGGGGCUCGAAUUUGCUUCAUUUUCCACGAAACAUUUGGAAAAUCGCUGGAAUCCGUCAAUCCCCUCGAGAACUUAACUGAAAUGGACAUUUUGACUGCAAUCAGGAAUGCUACGGGUCCUCGUCCAGCUCUUUUUGUUCCAGAAGUAGCAUUUGAGUUGCUAGUCAAACGACAAAUUCAGCGUCUCGAAGAGCCUAGCCUAAGAUGUGUAGAACUUGUGCACGAGGAGAUGCAGCGGAUGGUUAAGCACUGUGGGCUUACCACUCAGCAGGAAAUGCAACGAUUCCCGCGUCUUUACGACAAAAUCAACGAAGUAGUCAGUGGAGUACUAAAAAGUCGUUUGCGACCCACAAAUGAGAUGGUGGCUAACCAAGUAGCGAUCGAACUUGCGUACAUUAACACCAGGCAUCCCGAAUUCGUUGGUGAAGCGAACAGGACACUGGUGAAUGCAGAAGAAGUUAUCUCAGAUAGAAGUCGACCUCGACAACGCACAUCUUCAACUGGCGAUCGAGCUCCAAGCGUUCCAUCUGAUCAGGUGCACCUUUUAUUGCUUCCAAUGGUGAACGGUGAAUCUAAGAAAACAUCAUCGUGGUGGUUCGGGAAGUCUACUCCAGAAGAGUCAUCAGAAGCAACACCGAACGCUGCACAUCUUCUACCCGAAGUGCCUGAGAAGCCUCUUGCACGUCAGCUCACCCGAAAUGAGCAGAAAGACUGCCUCAUAAUUGAACGCUUAAUACGGAAGUAUUUCAUGAUUGUUCGCAAGAAUGUCCAAGAUAGCGUUCCGAAAGCCAUAAUGCACUUCUUAGUUAAUUAUGUUAGAGAUAAUCUUCAGUCAGAACUGGUGCGACAGUUAUAUAAGCAGGAUUUGUUAGAAGAUUUGCUGGCCGAAACAGAGGACAUGGCCCAGCGUAGAAAGGAGACACUUGAAACAAUGAAGGCACUCAACCAAGCGAGUUUGAUAAUAAGUGAAGUACGGGAAACUCAGCUAUGGUAG